UUUUAUAAUUUUUUAUUAAAAAGUUUUUAGUCGGAAAUUGAUAGGAAGAGAAAUUAGAAAAUCUUGUCAGAAAACAGUGGAAAGGUUAUUGUCGGAAAACAGUAGGAACAUGGUUGUCGGAAAACAGUAGGUACACGGUGGUCGGAAAGCUGUAGGUACCUUUUGGUCGGAAAGCUGUAGGAAAAUUGUGGUCGGAAAAUAGUAGGAAACAGUGGUCGGAAAGUUGUAGGAAAAUAAUUGUCGGGACUUUGUCGGAAAUAGUAACUUCUUUUUUUUGUCGGAAAUUUGUCGCCAAUUUAGUCGGAUACUUGUCGGAAAUAUUUUCCUACAAGGGUUUUUCCUACAAAAGUAUUUCUGUCGGAAAUCGGUCGGAAACGACGUUUUCCGACAGUUUUCCGACAAAAACCUUGGUCGGAAACAAGACAGUUUUUUAGUUAACAAUCAAAGUUUUGGGUUCACAUCUUUGCGGUAGAAGUGAGCAUGAAUGGGUAGAUGCCAUAAAAAGACUAGAAACAAUUCCGUUGAAGGAAACUUUGGAUAAACUGGAACUAAGCUAUACUGGUCUAGAUAAUGAUCAAAAAGAAAUAUUUUUGGAUAUUUCUUGCAUACUUAAAGGUGCCACGAAGAAGAAUGCAAUCAGAAUACUUGAAAGUUGCGGAUUUCAUGCUGAGAUUGGUUUAAGUGUUCUUGAACAAAAAUCUUUGAUAACCAUAUCUGAGGUUGACGACUAUGGUGAAGUUGUUGAGAUGUUGUUCAUGCAUGAUCAUCUAGAAGAACUGGGCAGGAAUAUUGUUAGGCGUUUACACCCCCAUGAGCCCAGGAGACAUACUCGAUUAUGGAUUGAUGAGGAAAUUAUAGAUAUACUGGUUAAUGAAUCGGUAAGGUUGAAGUUUACAUGAAAGUUGGAAAGCUUUUUAUUUGUUACGACAAAAAUUUCAUAUAGGCUUUUUCUAUUUAUAGGGUACCGAAGAAACACUAUGUAUAAAACUCAAGCGUAUAGAUCUCAAUUCAGCAAUUAUUAUGAAAGGUCUUGGAAAGAUGAAGGAACUUAGAUUGCUUUAUGUGGAGGAUGUAUGUGUCACAGAAGAAGUUGACAAAGGUAGCCAAUGCUUACCAGAUGCUUUACAAUAUCUUUAUUGGCGUCCGUACCCUUUUUGUUUUCUACCUAAAACUUUUCAUGCAAAAAAGCUAGUCAACCUAGAAAUGGCUUGGAGCAAUAUCACUGAACUUUGGCAAGGGGGAGAAAGAAAGGUUCUUAAUAAGCUUAAAUUCCUUGAUCUCCAUGGUUCAAAGUUGAGAACCUUUGACCUUACGCUGACUCCAGAUCUCCAGGAGUUAAAUCUUGAAGAAUGUGAUCACCUUUUCGAACUCCACAUGCCCGUUAAAUGUCUGAACCUCAAAUUCCUCAACCUCAAUUAUUCUAAAGUGAGUAAUAUCAACCUUUGGAUGACUCCACAUCUGGAGCAUUUAGAUCUCAGAGGAUGUUCUGACUUUGUAGAACUACAAAUGCCCGUUGAAUGUCCGAACCUCAAAAUCCUCGAUCUCAGUUGUUCUAAGGUGGCUAACCUUAACCUUGGGAUGACUCCACAUCUCGAGAAGUUAGAUCUUGGAGGAUGUGUUGACUUUGUAGAACUCCACAUGCCUGUUGAAUGUUUGGACCUCAAAAUCCUCACCCUCAAAGUAACUAAGGCGGGUAACCUAAACCUCGGGAUGACUCCAAAUCUUGAGAUGUUAGAUCUUGAUGCAUGUAAUGAGUUCGAACUCCACAUGCCAGUUGAAUGUCCAAAGCUCAUAUACCUUAAAAUCAGAGGUUCUAAGGUGAGUAAUCUUAACCUUGAGCUGACUCCAAAUCUCGAGACAUUAGAUCUUUCAAAAUGUUAUUGUCUUCUAAAAAUUCAUGCUCCAGUUGGAUGUCUAAAAAAGUUUGCCCACUUUAGCUUAGACACUCACUCAAAUUUUAAAAGUUUCCAGGUUCAUGAAUGGUAUAACUCAGCUGAGCUUUAUUCUAUAGCUAAAUCAUAUAUAAAGGCAGAGUGCAUACAUAUAUGCCCACUACACCCUAAUAAUAAAUUGCCAAAUUUUGGGUUUGAUUGUGAAACAGAUGAACCUGGAUACUCAUGGAUGGGAAAUAUUGAGAAGCUUAUUUAUUCAGGUCUAUGCCCUUGCAAAAAUCUUGAGUAUUGGUCCGCAACUAUUUGUGGUUUACAACAUUUAAGAGGGCUUUCAGUUGAUGGCAGUAUUCCUGAGGAUCUAUGGCAGUUAGAAAGCUUAGAGAAGCUUUCUUUGAAUAUGGUAGAGAUUCGACAUCUUCCAGAUAGCAUUUGUGUGUUGAAGCAUCUAAAAUCACUUGAAAUUAGUAAUUGUUUGCUUAUUGAGCAGUUACCAGAAGAGAUAUGCAGAUUAGAGUGUUUAGAGGAGUUAUACCUAUGGUCUUGCACAUCCUUACGAGAUAUUCCGAACAGCAUAUGUAAAUUGAAAUGGUUAAAAUAUUUACGUGUCGUUGGUUGUGAUAAAGUUGAGAAAUUGCCAGAGAAACUUGGAUGCUUAAAAUAUUUAGAGAAGUUAGAAUUAGGGAGGUGUAAAUCUUUACAAGGCAUUCCAAACAGCAUAUGUAAGAUGAAAUGUCUAAAACGUUUAGAUCUAUCCAGCUGUGAUCAAGUUGAGAAUUUGCCAGAGGAAAUUGGGUGUUUAGAAUGUUUGAAAGAGUUGAAUAUAUUCAGUGAGGGCAUAAGUCGCCUUCGUCUUCCACAGAGCAUAUUUCAGUUGAAAGGUGUGCGGAUUACUGGGUCAAGAGAGCAGCUUGAGUCAUAUGGUUUUACAUCCUUCACUGAGUCAUACCCAGGAUCCCUUAACUUCUACGCAGUAGAGCUGUGAAAAGAGAUAGGCACUCACAAGUAUUAAAAGUCCAGUCUUUGGAUAUUUAAGUUUAUGACGUACAGAAUGUAACAUGUUAUUAUUUAUAUAAUGUAA